GAUACAAGUGAGACAAAACUAAAAGGAUAUUUAUUACUACAGGAUAAAAGGAUAUUUAAUAGAAUUGUGUUUUCAAGUUUUAAACGCGACCGAGCGAUCGUAAAUGCAUUGGAGCCAUGUUUUGGUGUAAACAUUUUGCGGUGCUGGCAUUUUUGCUGGCUUUAUCGGUGUCCUCAAAUGCAUCGUCCCAAAGCAAAUCAACAACUGCAGCAGCGGAAACGUCUCAAGAUGAGGACACAAUCGACUUGACUCCACCUGCAGACCUCACAACCGAAAAGGACGAAGAUGAACGCGGUGCAGGCCAGAUCGUAGGCCAGUCUUUGUUUACACCGGUCUUAGGACAGUCUAUCUUGCCAACACCAUUAAAUUUAUUUAGUGCAAUGUUUCCGGCGUUGAACUCCUUAUUACUAAUGGGUAACUUGUUCCCUGCCACGUCUCUUUUUGGUGCGCCCUCGUUAUUGGGUUCAACACAUAAAUUAGGAGCUGCAGCGAGCGAUGAGAUGCCAGCCGAUUCAAAGGUUGUUUUGGUAUUAGCUGAAGACCGUAAUCCUAAUGCUGCGAUGAGAGCAGCCCACCAGGAAGCUGCACGAACAAUUCGGCAAAAUGAUAUGUUUAGUCAGUUCUUGGCUCAAUUCGGUCAAGCUGACUUUGGGCAGAUGUUAGCGCAGUCAUUGGAACAAAUGCAACAACAGAAUCCCAAUCAAUUGUUACAGCAGAAUGCUGGGCAAUUGUUUCAGCAAUUUGUGCCGCAAGAUUUCUCUCAGACGAUGGGUCAACUUUUAUCGCAAACGUUUCAACCGUUCCCCGGUUUAGAUCUGUCACAGCUUCCAAUGUUAGGGCAGGCACUACCAUCCGCCGAUCCUUCGGUAGGUUCAGCAUUGCCAGAAGCGGAAGUCAGCCUUGGAUGCAGGAACUCAAUUAUUGGGUCAGGCUUUGCAACAACCAAAUAG